AUGAGGUGCACUCAAAAGCAGGGGGGUACAAAAGGUGAACCUGAUACGUGGCCAGUUGCUUCCUUCUCCUCAGGAAUGCAGCUUUCAUACGCAGCUCUCACUUGCCCCUUUCCUAUUCAAAACACUUUUACCAUCAGUCGUGUUAUAUCAGUCGCUUUGGUCGGAAUUCGUCCACUUUUAUUGGACUAUUAUGACAUGAGUUCCCCGUAA